UUCCACCCUCAGGCUGUUGCUGCGACUGUCAAACGAGACUCACAUCUGCACUUCAGAGACAAAACAGCGAAGAAGAGAAAAAUAAAAAGACCAAAAGAGAAAGAGCGGCGAGGAGCAGGAGUGUCGAGCCACCCUCCCUGUCCCUGUGGUUGUGCAGUGAGGUAUCUCAAGGCUUUCAGCUCAGGGCUGCCCAUAGAAGAAGAGAAUCUUAGCAGAGAAGAGCAGACAAUCGGGGGGAAAAGGAGAGAAGUGUUUUACACGGAGCAUGGCCUCAGCCGACAGCGACAGCACCGACGAGCGACCGGCACACAUUAAACAGGAGGACUGUGAGUGGGAGACAUUAGCAGGUUUGCACGUAAAGCCGGCGGGUGGUGAAGGCGGAACUUCAGUUUUUAAGGUGGAAGAGUGUGAGGAGGAAAUUGUUCAGGUUAAAGUUGAGGAGUCCGAAGAUUUGCCAAAUCAUGAAAGUGGAUAUCAUUUCAAGCAAGACAUUUCCGAAGAGUCCCAUUCCAGUUCACAGCCCCAGUUCACUAAUACAGGGCCACGGGCUGCACAGCAGAAUUCUAUGGAAGUGAAAUCCGAGUGUGAAGAGAAAGUCGCUGAAGAAAACGGAAGAGAAAGAGAAGAGCAGCUGUCAACUCCGAAUUUCCAGCAUAAUGGCAGCUUCCCCCCAUCCACAUUUGCGGAAACUUCCCUUCAGUGCCGACUGAAAAAGCAACAGGGCAAGGAGAAGAGGAAGCAAUCAACAAGAGGAUCCGAGAAUUUCACAGCAAAUCCUUUGCAUUGCAGUUCUGUUUCCACAACAGCAACCAUCAGUACUGACCAACAACUAGUGAGGAACACAGAUCAAGAGGCUCUGUGUGCCGGCCAAGAGUGUGGACAAUCAUAUACAAACAAACCUGAAUGCAAAGAUCUCAAGUCGUUUCAUACGAGACCAACGCCAUAUUGCUGUUCUGAGUGUGGCAAACAAUUCCUACAAAACAGCAAGCUUCAGAAUCACAUCAGAAUUCAUACUGGAGAAAAACCUCAUUGCUGCUCUGAAUGUGGCAAAAAAUUUUCUGACAUUUACAACCUCCAAAGACAUAUAAAAAUCCACACUGGAGAAAAGCCUUACAGCUGUGCUGAUUGUGGGAAAAGAUUCAUCAAGAGUAGCCAUCUUCACAACCACGCAAGAAUUCACACUGGAGAGAAGCCAUAUUGCUGUUCUGAAUGUGGGAAAAGAUUCACUGAGAGCAGCCAUCUUCAGAAGCACAAAAGAAUUCAUACAGGAGAAAAACGCCAUUGCUGCUCGGAAUGUGACAAACGAUUUUAUGACAGUUACAAUCUCCAACGUCACACAAGAAUCCACACUGUCAAAAAGCCACAUGUCUGUGCUGAAUGUGGAAAAAAAUUCAUUAAAAGAGGCCAUCUUCAAAACCACUCUAAAAUGCAUACAGGAGAGAAGCAGUAUUGUUGUUCUGAGUGUGAAGAAAGAUUCACAGAGAUCAUCCAUCUUCAGAAGCACAAAAGCAUGCAUACUGGAGAAAAUCCUCUUUGCACCUCUGAAAGUGGCAACCAAUUUUCUGACAUUCACAAUCUCCCAAAAUAUACAAGAAUCCAUGCUGGAAAAAAACUGUACGGCUGUGCUGAUUGUGGGAAACGAUUUGUUAGAAGUAGCCAUCUUCAGAAUCACAUGAGAAUUCACACAGGAGAGAAGCCAUAUUGCUGUCCUGAAUGUGGGAAACGAUUCACAGAGAGCAGCCAUCUUCAGAAGCACAAAAGAAUCCACACAGGGGAAAAACCUCAUUGCUGCUCGGAAUGUGGCAAACGAUUUCAUGACAGCUACAACCUCCAAAGGCAUACAAGGAUCCACACUGGAGAAAAACCCUAUGGCUGUGCUGAAUGUGGGAAACGAUUCACAGACAGUAGCUACCUUAAGAGCCACACAAGGGUUCAUAGUGGAGAAAAGCCAUAUAGCUGUUUUGAAUGCCUCAAACGAUUCUCAAGCCGUAGCAGUCUUCACCAACACACGCAAAUUCAUAUUGGUGAGAAAAAAAAUAUCAAAAAUAGUUUCCAGGCCAACAUAGUAACCCUACCAAUCAUCCAUCCAUCCAUUAUCCAACCUGCUAUAUCCUAACUACAGGGUCACGGUUGUCUGCUGGAGCCAAUCCCAGCCAACAUAAGGCAUAAGGUAGGAAACAAACCCUGGGCAGGGCACCAGCCCACCACAGACCCUACCAAUCAGCAUCACUUAAUAUACAUUACAGAAGGAUUCACUAUUAGGGACAAUUUAAGUACUGCACUGAGCCCUGGCACCAACCUUAAGAGAGCCACGACAGUCACAAAGCACAAAUCACUUCAAAAACAACACUUCAACACGGAUAAGCUGGGCUCACUCCUCUCAUUAAAGUAAAACCACUAUUAAGAAAAUAAAACUGAGAGAAGCCUUGUGGCAGUUAUGAAUGUGGCAAAGGAUUCUCCAGUAGUGGCGCUCCUCGCAAGAGACACAAAUCCAUAGAGAGGGAAGCCAUAUGGCUGUUCUGAAUGUGCCAAACGAUUCACCAGGAGUAGUAAUCUUUAGUGUCAUUAAAAAAACAACAACAACAAAAAAAAUCAUGCAGGACAGAAGCCAUACAGCUGUUUUGAAGGUUGCAGAACAUUCUCCCAUAACCACAGUUUUCAAUAUCACAUAAGAAUCCACACUUCUGAAGUUGUGAAUGUGGCAGAUGAUUUUCACAUACAACACAGCAAACUUCAUAAUUGUUUAAUAAUUCAAGCUGAUGAAAAUUCUUGUUACUGCUCUAAAUGUGUUAAAGGAUUCUCAAUUUUAAGUAAUAUUCAAGAAUUCACAUUGGAUUAUCUUAUUGUUGUACUGAGUGUGGUAAACAAUUCUCAAACAGCAGUAAACUUCAUAAUAAAAAAGAAAGAUUCCAAAUGGUGAGAAGCAUCAUUGCUGUUCCAAAUGUGUCAAGUGUUUGUCAGACAGCAGAAGUCUUAAGGGCUAAAUGAUAAAUCUCACUGCAGAAGCACUGAAGGAGUAAUUUAGAAGGUGAAAAAUGAAGAAAUGGAGAAGAGACUGAAAUAUUGCUUAACUACUCAAGUACCUUCAUGUGGUAGGCUUUGUUGUAUAAGACUAGAAACAUAAUUCAUCAAGGAAACUAUACUUUUACAGUAUAACACAGACCCAGAAAGUCUUUUACUCUGACCACAUGUCUCCACAUGUCUAUCUGUCUAGGUUCCCUCUUUCUCCCCAUCCCAAUUUUCUGGUGAUCUGUUGAGUUUCUGGUGUCUUCAUUCUUUUGGAAUCACAAGAGACCAUCUCUUAAACACUCCACUCUGAUCCACGACAGGUUGGAUGGUGGUGUCCCUCUCCCACCUUUACCACCUUGACUUUGCUUGAAGGCCAAUCUGCCCUUCCCAGCAUCCUCAUUCCAGGUUUCUCAUAGAAACAAAAAAGGUUUCCUCCCAUUGCUAAACUUCAUUGUCGCUUUAAGUCCUACUGCUGGCCUUUUGCCCUUCAGAUAGGGAGAUGUACUGAAGAGCUGAUGAAUCCAUUGCCAAGAUGGCACAUUCACAUUCCUUUAUUCCACAAUACUGCCUUAAAUAUUGGAGGCCAUCUGAUUUUCUCUUCUCCUUGGUGUCAAUCUGGUAUCUCUGUACUUAGCUAUAUAAAUAUUACAUUCUUA